AAUACAGGCGUGGGAGACCAAACUUAGAGUUCUGUUCUGUCCUGUUUCCUCUUUUCCUCCUUUCUCAAUUUCUCUCCGUUCUUCCCAACCAGCACCGAGUCACAGACUCACCGAUCUUUCGAUCCUCUUUCGUCUUGGUUUAUGAGCUCGAAGGAGAGACCCACUCUUGGUGGCACGCGGAUUAAGACCCGCAAACGGAAUAUUGCAGCGCCCCUGGACCCUGCAGCAUUCUCGGAUGCAGUGGUCCAGAUUUAUUUGGAUAAUGCUGGUGAUCUGGAACUUAUUGCUAAGAGCAUUGAAUCUUCAGACCUUAACUUCUCAAGAUACGGUGACACCUUUUUUGAGGUUGUUUUCACUGGGGGUCGUACACAACCUGGAACUACCAAGCCUGAUGAAGGGGACCGUCAUCCUUACUCCAUAAUAGAGUGUGAACCUAAGCGUGAAGUCAUCCUACCAUCUGUAAUCUAUAUACAAAAGAUUUUGCGGCGAAGGCCAUUUCUCAUCAAGAACCUUGAAAAUGUCAUGCGAAGAUUCCUCCAGUCGUUGGAGCUUUUCGAGGAAAAUGAGAGGAAGAAGUUGGCAAUCUUCACAGCACUUGCAUUCUCCCAGAAGCUGUCUGGUCUCCCACCAGAAACUGUUCUCCAACCACUGCUUAAAGAUAACCUUGUGGCCAAAGGGCUAGUUCUGUCAUUUAUGACUGACUUCUUUAAGGAGUAUCUGAUUGACAACAGCCUUGAUGAUCUUAUUUCAAUUCUGAAACGGGGAAAAGUAGAGGAUAAUCUUUUGGACUUUUUCCCCCCUACAAAAAGAUCUAAUGAAGCUUUCUCUGAGCAUUUCAGCAAGGAAGGACUGGUGGCCUUGGUGGAAUAUAAUGAAAAGAAAAUUUUCGAAGUGAAAUUGAAGGAAAUGAAGGCUGCUUUAACAACACAGAUAACUGAGGAAGCUGAUACAGCUGAAGUCAUUGAGACCGUGAAGUUGCGGGUUAGGGAUGCUAAAUUGCCAGACAUUGAGGUGGUGCGGGUAGUGUGGGAUGUUUUAAUGGAUGCUGUUCAGUGGUCGGGGAAAAACCAGCAACAGAAUGCAAACGCAGCCCUCCGACAGGUAAAAACUUGGGCAGAACUGUUGAAUACAUUCUGUACCAGUGGGAAACUUGAGCUGGAACUGAUGUACAAAGUACAAAUGCAAUGCUAUGAGGAUGCUAAACUUAUGAAGCUGUUCCCUGAGAUUGUUAGAUCUCUCUAUGACCAGGAUGUACUGGCUGAAGAUACAAUUCUUCAUUGGUUCCGAAAAGGAACAAACCCCAAGGGCAGGCAAACCUUUGUGAAGGCGCUGGAACCCUUUGUUAUUUGGCUGGAGGAGGCUGAAGAGGAGGAGUAAGUGUUGUGUGGAGGUUCGGGGCUGAAGAUAUUACCUUGUCUUCAGCUCUUGUACCAUUAACUAAGAUAUUAGCACGUAUUGCCCCAAGCUCGAUUCUUCGUAGUAGUACUGUUAAUUUUAUUUAUGUUUUGUGUUUGACUAUGCUUCGUUGUACCCUUGGGGACAUAUCACUGUGCUUGCGCCACUCUGAUAUGUUGUUAUACGGGUGCAUUACUGUAUCUGGAGUGGUCGUUUCAAUAAUGGGUGUACUGUCCCUCUUAACUUAUCGUUUCAUCAAAUCAUUAAUGCAGCCGUUGGACGUUUGCUUACCUUUAAUUCAAUGCGAAUGUGAUAAUGUUUUAAUGUUUAA